GAAAAAAAACAAGAAGCAGUAAGUAAAAUGUAGAUUUUAUUUGGUAUGUUGUCUGCUACAAUGUGCUAGUUCAGAUUUUACAGUUUAAAAGUUAUACAAUAAAUAUAUAAUCUUCAUUGUGUUUUCAGAAGAAAGUGUUUUGGUAAAUUAUACAACAAUAUAUGUUGAUUUAUUUUUAAUACAAUAGUUUUUUUUUUAAAUUCACAGACAGCAGAUCAUUCUUUCCAGAAAAAGCGAGUUCUUAUGCAGGAUACCAAGAAGUUUGAUUGUCCUGCCAAUAUUUCUCUAAAAGAAAUAGUUGAAUUCCCUGCUUUUAAGCUGGAUAGAGAUUCUCUAAGAGGUAGAAAAGAAGCAUCAAAGAAAUUGCAUUCAGCUUUGACAACUCUAACUGAAUUUUCAAUUCUUAGAAAGUAUAUCUUAUUGUUACCUGACAUUUCCGUUCAUAAAAAUCAUCUUAUUAAUGAUGCAGCAGGUUUUAAUCAGCCUUUAUCAAAAGAAAUUAUUACAAAAAUUGCUGAACUUGUUAAAAAUGGUGUCAAUACGGUUCCGGAAAUGAGACGUCACCUGAAUGCCUUUGUUCAUCUGGAACUUCAGUCAGAUGUGACUGCAAAGAAAUCCAACAAACGAUUUUUUCCGCGUGAUGAAACAAUUGCUAAUCAUAUAAAGAAAGCUAGACAAAGUCUUCGCAGAUCUUUGAUCGAUCAAGAAUGUCUUCGUGAAAAGAUAAAUGAAUGGAAACUCUAUUUUCCAGAUGCGUUAAUAAUGUUUCGGCCAAAAGGAGAAUGCAAUCUAGAAGACAAUGGUCCAUAUCCUAAAGUUUCUUUUUUGUUUAUUUAUCAAGAUGCAUGGCAACAAAGAUUACUCUUACGAUAUGGGAAUGAGCUUGCCUUUCUGGAUGCAACAUAUCAUACAACGCGAUAUGCACUUCCACUUUUUUUUCUUGUUGUCAAAACAAAUAUUGAUUAUCAAGUUGUUGCAAUUUUUGUUUUUGAAAAUGAAACAACUGAGGCAAUUACAGAAGCCCUAAUGUACAUCAAAAAGUGGAAUCCAUUGUUUCAACCAACUUAUUUUUUAACUGAUUACAGCAAUGAAGAAAUAAAUUCACUUGAAUCUGUUUUCCCUGGAUGCCAGGUACAUAUUUGUGACUUUCAUCGUGAACAAGCAUGGGAACGAUGGCUUUCUAAAACCGCUAAUGGAUGUUGCUUGGUGAAAAAUAAAGUAAAGGAAAAAUUUCGAGCUAUUGCAUAUGCAAAAACUGAUGAAAUUUUCCAAAAAAAAGUGCAGGAAUUAGAAGAGUCGCAAGAGUGGCAAAAUAGUCCAAAACUGGCAGAAUAUUUGAAACAUACAUGGUUGUGUAUUCAAAAGAGAUGGGCGUUUGCAUACAGGCAAGAUCGUCUCUUGCUGAAUGUUAACACCAACAAUGGCAUUGAAAGACAAAACCAAACUUUUAAAUACAGCUUCCUUGAAAAAAGAAAGAAUUCUUCACUAACUUCUAUGCUUAAUAUUUGCAUUGAAGAAUUUCUUCCUCAUAACUAUGACAGCUAUUGUGAUAAAAAUAAAAAGGCGCAUUCAUCUUACAGAAAAUACAAUAACAAUAUACCAGAAUAUUUAGUUAAUCGUCCUCGACCUUUAGUGAAACAUUGCAUGAUGUUAAUAGAUAAACUACAAGGUGUCGACUUAAGUGGUAUUAUUUCUGUAACAGAAAGAUUGUACAGUGUUGCUUCAUUUAAUUCAAAUAGUAGAGAAAUUUACCAAUGCUACCUUGGUGAUGGUGAAAAUUUGCCCACUUGUUCAUGUCCUAGUUGGUUUGAUUCAGCAUAUCCAUGCAAACAUUUCUUUGGUAUAUUCCUCAAAGAAAAUCUCACAUGGUCUGCACUAGGUACUAUAUAUGCCAACUCACCCUAUUUCACAUUAGAUUUAUUUUUGGAAGAUAAUGAAUAUGCCACUUCAUCUCAACAGUUUCUUCAUUCCAGCAACAUUUUGUUGCAAAAUAAUCUUGUGGCGCAAACAAAAUUAAUGCAAAAUCCAGUUGAGCAAACAGUAGUAAGUGGUCAGAAUAAAAAAGAAAACAAUACAGAGCUAAACUGUCAAGUUAAAAACAAUCAUCCCACUUCUGAAAAAUGUCGUGAACUUAUAAAUCAAAAACACAAAUGACUUAUUUAUGCACCUCGCAAAAAGCUAUUGAUAAUUUUUUUGCAGGGCUUAAUCAACUCAAAACAAACUUAGCAGAAAGUCUUCCAGUGGAACAAGGUAUUUUCUUGCAUCCAGAAAAUAAACCAAAUACUUGGAACAA